AUGGAUAUCGACAUGAGCCGUCGUAACAAGGUCCCGCGGGCUUUGUCCGACUCAGAGAGGGCCCGUUUGGACGAGUUCAUCGACUCCAUCCACUACUCUGCACGAUACUCUGACAGCGAGUACGAGUACCGGCAUGUGCAGCUGCCCAAAGCCAUGCUCAAGGCCAUCCCUAAAGAUUACCACGACUCUUCCCACGGAACACUGAAGCUGCUCUGGGAAGAGGAAUGGCGAGCGCUCGGCAUCACUCAGAGUUUGGGUUGGGAACACUACGAGGUCCACGAGCCUGAGCCGCACAUUCUACUCUUCAAGUUGGUAUACCCCUCAAUCCGAUCAGUUGUGCGUAUUACUCACACCGAUCAAAAUAGGCGCCCACUCAACUACCAGCCUCCCCAGUGA